AUGGCGUGCACGGAAGUAGCCCUGACGGUGUACACGAAAUCCGGAACCACUUAUUUCAUCAUAUACGUCGGCUUCUACACCAACACUUACGCCUUGAUCAUCCCUAGUGCAGACUGUGACGCCGACGGCAACUGCAACAUCGUGAACUUCUCACCCGGAACCUACCUCGACUGUUCGGACUACCGCUUUUUCUGGGUAUCGUGGGAUCUGGCUGGGAAUGUGGCCCUUGGGACCGAUUACGCUGUUGGCGUUAACACUAUCAUCGCUAUCACUAACGGUUUAACCGAAGAGGCUGUUUAUGCCGUGUUCGAGAUAACCGAUUUGUAUGGCGGAUCGAUCUAUCUGUCCGUAGACAAUGAUCCCGUGUUCCUGAACCCCGCACCGGACGGAAGCACUGAGAUUACCCUGACGGAGACGUCGACGGUAGGGACGGUCCUCUACACCAUAGCAACAUCCGACUCUGACGGCGACACCGUGACAGGCUACAUCUUGGAUGACAGCACCUCCUUCGUGUUUUCCGGGAACGAUCUGACCAACCUGAUUGCUCUGGACUAUGAAACUGAAUGUUCCUACCAUGUGAAAAUCACGAUUCACGAUGGUGCCAAUAUGGUAAACACUACUCUGACAAUCAACCUUGUGAACGCCUUCGACGAGCCUCCCAACGUGGACGCCAUGUCUGUGUCACUACCUGAAGAACUUCCUAUCGGCAGCUUCAUCGACAGCGGACUCACAGUUAGCGACAGCGACGAGGGUGACCAGCUGACGUACUCCCUGUCCGGUACACAUGCCGGUUAUUUCGAGGUAAAUUCAGACGGACGGUUAAAGGUCGCAGCCAGAAUAGACUUUGACCCGCCAAAUAGUAUCACACAACUUGAUCAACUGACCUUGACCGUCACUGACCUUGGAUCGAAUACCAACUCAACAACCUUGACCUUUACUGUGAAAGAUGUGAAUGACAUGAAACCACUUUUCUCACAACCUGUGUACAAUGCUGCGGUCACCGAGGGGGCGGGCACAGUUUCUCUCCUCCAACUGACCAUCACUGACGCCGACAGCGGAGUGAACGCGGACUUUGACGUCACGAUGGAUGGCGACGACCCGAGCGACCCAGCGUUUACUUUUGACCCAAGUACACUCCAGUUAUCGGUGGACGCCAACAAACUGGAUUAUGAAAGUCUGGCGGGCACGGCCUUCACGUCCACUCUCACCUUUGUGGCUACCGACAAGGCCACGGAAUAUGAGCCCAGGACCGGAACUACCGUUGCAGUAAUUAAGGUUGACCCCGAGAACGAACACAGUCCAGUGUGGACUACCCAACCAGCUGACACCUCAGUGUCAGAGACAGCUCCUGGAGGUUCCCUUGUCGACACGUACACAGCAACUGAUGACGAUUUCACAGAACAUGGUGACGUCACGUAUAGUAUAAUCAGCAUCACAUCUGCUUCGGGGUCGGAUGGAAGUGGAAUGUUAUCCCUGGACUCGAAAAGUGGCGAGUUGAGAGUUACCUCCCCUCUUGACGCAGAUACGUCGACAGGUGGCGACCCAUCUUAUGACGUUGUAAUCCAGGCUUCAGACUGCUGCAGCAAAACUGUCCAGGCAUCUGUUACGAUCACAGUGACUGGCGAAAACGACAACGCCCCUGCAUUUACACAGCAGAUAUACUACAGUGAACUCGUUGAGGACGUUGCGUCAGGGGAGGUCGUCGCGGAAGCUACUGACGCUGACGGUGACACAUUGACGUUCACAUUGUCUGGGGAAGGCAGCGACAUGUUUUACUAUGCCCCGCCCAAGGUGUAUCUGAACAGUCCGCUUGACUAUGAAACACAACGUUACUACUUCCUGACAGUCAGAGCGAGUGACGGUGUUCAUGAGACCGAUGCCGCCGUCAAUAUCAACGUUACCGACAUCAUCGACGAACCCACUGUCAUAACUGUCCACAAUCCACUCUCCAUUGUUGAAGAACUUCCAGUUGGCACGCCGUUAGGGGGCGUUUAUGACGUCACAGAGAAAGACAAAGACGACGUGCUUAUCUAUAGUCUUGAAGGCACAGAGAGUUCCUACUUCAACAUAGACAGCAUCAGCGGCUUGAUAACCGUCGCCCAGAGAAUCGACCGAGACACAGGUUUAACCGCUAUCACGGACGUCACCUUGAAGGUCACUGACGUUGCAGCUAUGACGUUUUCUCAACCACUCACCUUUGACGUUGUGGACAUCAACGACAACAGUCCACAAUUCACCAGCGACGUCAUCUUCGUAAAUUUGAUGGAAAACACGGGAAUAGACGCAUUGGUGAAGACGUUUAGUGUUACUGACGACGAUGACGGUGAUAACAGCAACGUUGUCGUCUCCAUUGUGAGUGGGGACGAUGCAAACCCGAACGAGAAGUUCCGACUAAAUGGCCUUGAUCUCCUGACCACAUUUACAGCAGUCGACUACGAGGCUCUGAGUUCCACCAACUUCCUGUACACCCUGACCGUGCAAGCCGUGGAUCAGCCGACGACGGAGGCGGCGAAGGCGGCUGUUGCUGUAGUUGUCGUCACAGUGUUACCAGUCAAUGAGCACUCCCCGGUGUGGGCCACAGAUCCUGCUGACACCACUCUGCCGGAAACGUCAUCGCCUGGAACUGUAAUAGCCACCUACACAGCAACUGAUGACGAUCUCAGCAAAGACGGCAACGUCACAUAUGAGCUGUCCUCCAUUUUGGACAACCUGGGAACUGACGGAUCCGGUACAUUCACGUUGGAUUCUGGGAACGGAGAAUUCGCUCUUGCCGCAAAUCUCGACUACGACACGGGCGUAACGUAUUAUGACGUCACGGUCAAGGCCAUUGAUGACGGAACGACGGUACUAAGCGUUGAGAAAACGAUUCGUAUUUCCGUCGGCGCGGAAAAUGACAACCCGCCUGUAUUUAGCAAAUCUGCUUACGAUGGAGAAAUUGCAGAAGACGUUGCCACAGGAACCAGCGUCUUAGGUUUCGUUGUCACUGACGUUGACGGUGAUACAAACACGGUGACAGUGAUAGGAGGCGACGGCACGUUCACAAUCGACGGCGCCGACAUUAAGACGGCGGCUACUCUUGACUAUGAGAUGAGGCGAUGCUACAGUUUCAGAAUCAGAGCAAGUGACGGCGUGCAUGAGACAGAGGUCGCCGUCACCAUCAACGUUACCAACAUCAUCGACGAGAAUCCCGUACUUAACGUCAACACCCCAGUCUCUCUUCUAGAAGAACUACUCCUGGGCACGCCGCUAGGGGGCGUGCAUGACGUCACGGAUAUUGAUGAUGACGACACGCUCACUUAUAGUUUGGAAGGAACCGGAAGUUCCUACUUCAGUAUUGACCCUUCAACCGGCGUGAUGACAGUGGCGCAGAGAAUGGACAGAGAGGCCGGCUUGACCUCCAUCACUGACGUGACCUUGAAGGUGACGGACGCAGGGGGAAACAUAGCGUCAGAAGCGUUGACUUUCGACAUCGUUGACAUCAACGACAACAGCCCUACGUUUGCAGUGGACGUCUUCUUCGUUAACGUUACAGAAAACGCGCCUAAUGGCCAAGUAUUCUUCACGAUCUCAUGUACGGACGCGGACGACGGUGACAAUGCAGCGGUCAGCGUGACAAUCAAGAGCGGAGAUGUCAGCCCUGCCAGGUUCAGUCUCAGCGGCUUUGACCUUGUGUCCACUGGUCAGCCCGUGGACUAUGAAGACCCCUUGGUGCCUGGUAACAUGUACACUCUGUCAAUACAGGCUGAAGACGCCCCUCUGCAAGGGGAUCCCCACGUUGCCAAGGCUACUGUCGUCGUGAUGGUUCUGCCCGAGAACGAAUUCACGCCGGUUUUCACCGCGCCCACCGCAACCGAUGUGACAAUAUCGGAGACCUCGCAGACGUCAUCAGUGGUGGAAACGUUCUCAGCUACCGACGACGAUAAUGGAGAAGACGGACGAGUUGUAUACGAGAUCACAACGGUUCUGCCCGAGAACGAAUUCACGCCAGUUUUCACCGCGCCCACCGCAACCGACGUGACAAUAUCGGAGACCUCGCAGACGUCAUCAGUGGUGGAAACGUUCUCAGCUACCGACGACGAUAAUGGAGAAGACGGACGAGUUGUAUACGAGAUCACAACGGUGAUUGAUCCGUCUGGUGCCGAUGCUUCAACAAAGUUCCUCAUUGAAGAGGCCACUGGAGUUCUCAGAGUAGCGGAAGGUUUGGACGUCGACGUGAUGACUGGUGGCGUGGCCCACUACGACGUCACGGUGAUGGCAACAGACAAAGGACUCACUCCUAAAUCCACAACCCAAUCUCUCCGCGUUACUCUACAGAAUGAAAACGAUUUAACACCAGAGUUUAUAGACUUUACUUACUUCGUCAACGUCCCAGAAGACACAAACGUCAACGACGUCAUCCUGACGUUCAGCGUGCGAGACGGUGACGGUGACACUGUCACUGCAAGUCUGGUUGACGGAGAAACGUCACUGUUCUCUGUCGCUGGAACGGAUGUCGCACUCGCACUGGCGCAAAUGUUGGAUUAUGAAACGUCAUCGAGUCACUCGAUAGUCAUCAGUUCUAAAAUGUUCGCUAAUCUUGUUUCCUGCUGCCGCAGUAUUUCUGACGGAGUACAUUCGGCGAACCAGACACUAGUUGUCAGGGUUACUGACGUUAUAGACGAGACACCCAACGUCGUGACCUUCACCCCUGUUUUCGUGACUGAAGAACUUCCGGUAGGGACGCCAGUGGAUGGCCUUUAUCACAUGACCGACCUUGACACAGGCGAUUCAUGGACCUUCACCUUACAGGGAACUGACAGCUCCUUCUUCACCAUCAACGCUACAUCCGGGUCAGUUAAACUCGCACAGAGAAUUGACCUUGAAGCUCUGGCAGGUGACAACGUCCUUGAUCAACUGACCUUGACAGUGACUGACCAGGCGGGUCUCCAGGCAACGGCUUCUCUCAGUGUGGAAAUACAGGACAUUAACGAUGCUUACCCCACCUUUGCGGAGUCUGUGUACAAAGUCAACAUCUCUGAGAGCUCUUCCACAGAGGUACUGGUGGAUCUCGUCGCUACUGACGCCGACUCCGGCACAAACGGCGCCAUCACCAUGCAGAUCACCGACGGCGACGACCCGGGAGCAAGCAAGUUCCAGCUAAGUGGCACACAGUUGUCUGCUCUUGGUGCUGACCUUGACUACGAGGCCCUGAAGGACACCCAGUACAUGUACAUCCUGACUGUGUCCGCAACCGACUCCCCCUCAGGCGAGGCCCCUAAAACAGGCGUGACCCUGGUUGUUGUCUCGAUAUUACCAGUGAACGAGCAUGCCCCUGUGUGGUCAGCAGCCCUGUCUGUGUCCGGCGGCGCCCUCCCUGACCUCAACAUGAACGAGAACGUCACCGUGGGAUCAGGUCUUCUUACGCUGCAGGCGACUGAUGGCGAUCACGGAGUCGACGGAGACGUCACCUAUACCAUCACAUCCGCAGUCACAAAUACUGGAACCAGUGCCAUAGAUCUGUUCGCCUUAAACCCGGUGACUGGAACUCUACGAACUGCCGGCAACCUGGACCGUGAUAUCACGACAGGACAGAUGUACUACGACCUCACCCUCACAGCUAGAGACGGUGGCGACCCCUACAAGGAGACGUCAGCAACGCUAAAGAUCAUCCUUGACAACGUCAACGACAACGCCCCAGUGUUCACGUCAGCGGACUACAAACUUGACGUUGCGGAAACAACGCCGGUGGGUACGGUGAUACACACGUUCGCCGCCGCCACAGACGUUGACGGUGAUGCUAUCACCUACUCCAUUGUUGGAGGCCACAGCGACGUUUUUGGCACUACGGGAAUGACUGUCGAAACGUUGAGGCAGCUGGAUUAUGAACAGGAGAGAUGCUAUUCCUUGGUCAUACAGUAA